AUGGGUUGGAGAGAAAAUGACUACAGGGGUGUAUCAUUUACAUUUGGUGCUGCCGUUGUGAGACAAUUUUUGCAUAAACAUGAUUUUGAUUUCAUAUGUAGGGCUCACGAGGUUGUAGAGGAUGGUUUUGAGUUAUUUGCAGAGGACAAGUUGGUCACUUUAUUUUCAGCACCAAAUUAUUUAGGAAAGUUUGGUAAUGCUGGAGCACUGAUGUUUGUCGACGAAACUCGAAUGUGCUCAUUCCAGAUUUUAAAGCCGGCCGACAAACGAAAGUAUGGAGGAUUGGCAUCAGGCAGACCAGUUACACCACACAUAGGAUCUGGUAAACAAGGAAAAAAUAAAAAAUAA